AUGUGUUGCGCGCAUGCGCGGGGCGGCAAAAACAUGUCCGCGGACGACGACCAGCUCCUCCAAGCUCCGGACAAGUUUUCUUUCCCCUUCGAGCCGUACGGCAUCCAGGAGCAGUUCAUGCGUGCUCUGUAUGACACGCUGGAGAAGGGAGGCAUCGGUAUAUUUGAGAGUCCUACUGGAACGGGAAAGUCGCUAAGUGUGAUCUGUGGGGCCCUGCGGUGGCUGGUGGACAGUGAGCAGAGGGACAGAGAGGCAGUGGAGAGAACUCUCUCUGGUGGCACCGCUGGCUCUGGUGCCGCAGGUCAAGCAAAUGAAGAUGGAGAUGAUGUGCCCGACUGGCUCAGAGACUAUGAUAGCCAGAGACUGCAGAAGGAAGCACAAACACAGACUCAAGGUCUUGAGGAGAUGGAGCGAAAGGUCAGACAGAGAGAGAAACUGAAGAAACUGAGACAAGAACAGAAACACAUUGUAUCGAGCAAAUGGAAAACCAAGAGCAAAGAGGACGGUGGUGUGGAGGAGAUGGAGAGAGCAGGGGAGAAGGGUGGUGAUGACCUUGAUCAGGAAGAGGAGGAGGUUCUGGUGCAGGAAUACCACAGUGAAGACGAGGGAGCACCAGAGAAAGAAUCAGACACUGAAGAAGAAGUUAAAGAGGAGUAUGUUAGAAAGAUCUACUACUGCAGUAGGACGCACUCACAGCUGGCACAGUUUGUCAAGGAGAUCCAGAAGAGCCCGUAUGGAGACACAAUUCAAGUCGUCACUCUUGGAUCCAGGCAGAACCUGUGUAUCAAUGAGGACGUGAAGAGACUAAGACACCUCACCCUCAUCAACGACCGCUGCCUCGAGAUGCAGAGGAACAAGAAGAAGGGUAGGGAGGAGAAGUACUCAUCUGAUGGAAGACCGAGGGAGAAGAGGAAGAAGAGAAGGUCUAAUACCACCACCACCUGUCCAUUCCUGAAGCAAGGCACUCUCGAGAACUUCAGGGAUCUGGCUCUGGCAGAGGUGCAGGAUAUAGAGCAGCUGGUUGGACUCGGUAGACAACUCGGAGCCUGUCCAUACUAUGGCGUCAGACACACAAUCCCAUCUGCUCAGUUGGUGGUUCUGCCCUACAACACCCUCCUACAUGCAGGCACCAGAGAGGCCCUGGGACUGAGGCUGAAGGGAAACAUAGUCAUUAUUGAUGAGGCUCACAAUCUCCUGGACGUCAUUAACUCUGUCCAUUCUGUCGAGAUCUCCGGCGCACAUGUGACAAAGGCUCUAUCGCAGUUAUCUCAAUACAAACUCAGAUACAAGUCACGACUUAAGGCCAAGAAUUUGAUGUAUGUAAACCACAUACUAGACAUUCUCAACUGUCUACUGAGAGCUGUAUCAGAUAGCAAUAAGUCUGGAAGGUAAACAGACUUCCACCCCAGAUGCUGAUGUAAAGUUGCUCCGAUUGAACGAUUUCCUCUUCACCUCUGGCCUGGACAACAUCAACCUGUGUUAAAGUUUCUAAGGUACUGCAAGCGGAGUGAGAUAUCAAAGAAGUUGAAUGGAUUUGUGGACCGUUUCUUUGACCACCAUCUCUUGCCAGACUCAGCACAAGUUGGGCAGGGCCAAGCGGAUGGAAGUGGGCGGGGCCAGGGUGUGGGCGUAGCUAGUGGAGACGAUAAACAGAUGAGGUCGCCCCUGAUGAUUAUUGAUCAUUUCUUUCGGCUCUCACAUCUGCCGAUAAGGACGGCAGGAUUGUAGUUACCAAGUCAGCUACAGUGACUCUCUCUAGACUGAAGUUCUUGCUCCUGAAUCCAGCUGUCCAUUUCUCCCCAUCCUCCACGAGUGUCGGGCAGUGGUGGUGACUGGAGGAACCAUGCAGCCUGUCUCAGAGUCAAAGAUCAACUGCUCUAUUCAGUUGGAGUGAGUCCCAGCAGAGUCAUCGAGUUCUCCUGUGGUCAUGUGAUCCCUGCAGACCACCUGCUCCCGUGGCUCUCUCCAGAGGUCCAUCUGGUGUCACCUUUGACUUUACCUACCAGACCAGGGACACCACUGCACUGAUGGAUGAGUUGGGCCGAGCUAUCCUCAACCUGUGUAAUGUGGUUCCAGGGGGUGUGGUCUGUUUCUUUCCUUCUUAUGAGUAUGAGAAGAGGAUCUAUACCCACUGGACUACCACUGGCUGCCUGGACAAGAUCAACUCCAAGAAAAAGGUGUUCAGAGAGCCAAAGAUGGCAUCGCAGGUCGAGACCAUUCUCACCCAGUACUCCAGAUGUAUUGAGUUCAAUGGAGGAGGAGGAGGAGGAGGUGUAGGAGGCCUGAGUGGAGCUCUGCUGCGAGUGUGGUGGGAGGGAAACUCAGUGAGGGCAUCAACUUCUCUGACGACAUGGGAAGGUGUGUGGUGAUGGGGGUCUACCAUACCCUAAUAUCAAGUCCCCAGAGCUGGUGAGAAGAUGCGGUACCUCAACUCCACUCUGCCAAGAGACCCCAGAUGGAAAGCUGCCGGGCCAGAUCCACUACGAGACCUCUGUAUGAAGGCUGUAAACCAGUCCAUCGGUCGCUCCAUACGACAUGCCCGUGACAUACGCUGUAUAGUCCUGCCGACCAGCGAUACUCCCGGCCCAGUGUCCGCAGCAAACUGCCCCAGUGGAUUCAUCGCAACUGGUGGUGUGCGAGUCGUGUGGACCUGCUUUCCUCCUCUCUGAGGAAGUUCUUCAAUGAGAAAAAGAAAAAAACUUAAAAUGUUUCAUCAAAUCAACUGCACUAUCAUUUCGACUUUAUUCCCAUGUCCAUGAUCACAAAACUGUUAAUUUUGCACAAAAAGUA